UUCAGCAUGGAAGCCGCAGAACGGCAAACACGUGAGAUGCACAACGUACCUGGGACGACGAAAGACUCCGAGGGAGGAGAAAGCGUACUUUGGAAGGACCAAAGACCUUCACAAAGGAAAGGGUUCUGCUCUCUACAGUGCCGGCAAGGCGGCGGCGGCUUCUGGACUGAGCGGAGUGGCCACAUCGUUGCUGUCAGCGGUGCCCGUACCGGUUAUCGUGCCCUCACAAUCUGCACAAUCUGAAGGGAGCGUAUAUGAAUUUCAAAGCGAUGUGCUGGGGCAUAGCAUGUGGAACGAAGUUGAAAACCUGCCUGUGGUCGUUGUAUCGAUCGCCGGUGUAUUCCGCUGUGGAAAGUCUUUCCUGCUUGGCUAUUUCAUCAGGUACCUGGAACACCUCGAGCGUCAUCGGAGUUCUGAAGGCUGGAGGGGUGAUGCUACUACUCCACUUAGGGGGUUUUCUUGGAAAAACGGACGGAAAAGGAUCACCACUGGAAUAGAGCUGUGGGGAAAAGUUUUCAAAAUAGACACGCCAAGAUGGGGGAGAGUUGGAGUCGUCCUCAUGGACACUGAGGGCACUGAUGACAACAUGUCCACUAUUGAAGCUAACUCUACCCUAUUUUCACUGGCCAUGCUUUUGAGCUCAACAAUGAUCUACAACGUCAUGAGAACCCUGAACCGAGGUCUACUAGAGAACCUACAGUUCUUUGUCAGCUGCGCCCGCGUGCUCAAGGGAGAGCAAGACUGUAAGGAUGCCCCGAAGGUGUUUGCUUUAGAUACCUUGCUCUUUCUGGUUCGUGACUGGGAGAACGCUCACGAGAUCCCGUAUGGCUUGGAUAACGAAGGAGAGUUCCACAGCGAAUGGCUGACGGCUACCCAGUCCACACCGUCGACCCUUAAGAGUACCCAAAUGGGUAUUAGAGAAUGCGUGAAAAGCAUCGUCAGUUUUGUAAUGCCGCACCCGGGAAACCAAAUCAAACAGCCAAACUACGACGGAAGAUCAUUCGGCUUGUGCGAAGAAUUCCUACAAUGUCUGGAUGGUCUCGCUUCUUUCCUUUUUUCUCCGGAGAAACUUACGCCAAAAAUGUUGAAUGGAAGGCCAGUAACUUGCAGCGAUUUCAAAGGUCUUCUCCUGACGUAUUCAUCUGUGUGUAAACACGGGAAGCUGCCAGAAGUGCAGACUGUGACUGACCAAGCCGCGUACGUCCACAACCAGAAGGUCCUGAAGAGUAUUGACCAUGAAUAUGAAUCAGCCAUGGAAGACAAGCUAAAUCUGAUACUCAAGGAGCAAGACGGACUGGACACAACCGUCGCGCUGGAAGAAGAGCACAUAAGACUGAAACAAGAAGCCCUAUCGAAACUUGGAAAUACCCCUAUAAUGGGGAGCAAAAUGAGAGAACUUCAAGAACAGCUGUCCCAGAUGAUGGACGUCUUCUACAGAAAUUGCAUGCAGACAAUUGUGCUCGCGAAAAAGGAAGCAGAGUUGCAAACCUUACGUAAACGGCAUCAGGAGGAUCAAGAGGAGGUACGACAGAAAGAAGAAAAGAUUAAUGAGCUUUCCCAGCGUUCCAAAGAGAGCAGCAAUACAAAAGAAGGCGUCAUCGCCAGCCACAUGGAAAAGCAAGGUGUUCAUCUGGAGAAGGAGGACAAGGAGAAAUAUGCACGUGAUCUCGCUUCCGAGAAUAUUUUUUUGCGAAUCGUGAAAGCCAUCUGGAAAUAUACUGGUACUGCUGUAUGUACGCUGGUUUUGAAGAAGCUUAGUCUCGCGAUUGCGCAAAAUUAACGGAAUGUACACUCAUUCCUAAUAAAGGUUA